UAAACUGUAUCCAACAUGGCAAUCAGGUCACAAAGUUUCUCAUUUUACAGCUAAACAGUACACUAAAAUAACUGUCUGAGAACAUUUAAGGUGAGAAAUAGGCAAUGCAGUAAAUCUUGAUUCAUAUUUAUCAGUGCUCAAUCAGUUCACAAAAGAGAUUUAUUAAUAAUUUUUACUUUAUCCAAAAAGUGUUUUUUUGGAUUACACCGAAAAUAUAUUGCUUUAGACAAAUGCAAAAUUCCAGAAGCAAAUGUUGAAGUACCUGGGGUCAUGGGGGUUUUGGGUCUUUCAACUUCAGACCCCCUCACCCAGGCGACCCGACCGGGAGUGAUCAAUUCCCGGCCUGUGUCCGAGAGGCAUUAGCCCACUGCUUGUCCCUAAUAACCCACAGCCAUCUUUAGGCCUUCUCUGCAGCUGCUAGGGCUUCCACUGUGGAGAGUGGAAAUUCAUGUACCAGCAGUGGCCACAAUAUCCUAGGAAGGACGCCAUGCUGCUAAAUCCAGGCUUUGAAUUUUCCUGGUCUGCCUGAUUUGUCGGUAAUUGCCAGCCAUCCCUCCAGUUCUUGGUUUGCCGCUCUGAUGGAGGCCGGGUCCUUUAGGGUGCAGUCAAAGACUUUCCCGAGGCUCUUCACAGGUUUCUCUGUGACUGAUGGGAUUUGGGUUCCACCAAGGGAGAAGUGAAAUUGGUCUGUCACCUCUUCUCAGAACCAAGGACCUCGAUUUUUCUGGCUUGAAGCGCAUCUGAGUCCAUGUGAUUAGCUUCUCCAAGCCUUGGAAGAUCCAUCUGUUUUCCGGGACUGAUGGCUGUUACUGUCAGAUCAUCCCUAAAGGCUCUAAUGGGGGGUUGCUGGACUUUGGACCUGGUUUUGGGGCUUCUAUACUCUAUUUCAGCUGAUUUGACCAGCAUAUUCAUAGCCAAAGCAAAUAGGGUCACUUUUUAAUCUUCCUGAUAAAACCAAUAAUCAUUGUGCUUACCGAUUUAAUGGGACAAUUUUUUUUUUAAUCCUAGAAAUAUCUGUUGCCAAAUCUCUUCUUUUACAUUCCCACCUUAUCCAGCAUAUGGUCAAGUAAAGAUACCUACCCUUCCCACAUGGGAAGAAGACAUACAAAGGCAACUUGUCGCUAGUUAAAAUCUCCCACUCACCCUUCCUCUCCUUCUAAUUUUGAAUUAGACUGUUAAACAUGAAUAUGUUUCUUAUUUACACAUUCUAAGUUUAAAACUUGAGUUGGUUAUUUGGCUGAAACAAGGAACAUGUAAUUUCCAGUAUUACCAGACUUCAGGAUGAGACUUUACCUUGUCUGAUCAUGAUGACUUGUUUGUGUACAUCAAAAAGACACUGCAGCAGGUUUGAAAUUGUAUUUGCAUACUGAUUUGUAUAUUCUCCUGCAAAGAUUUAUAGUUAUCUAUUUCAGACACCUUAUGCAGUGUAGUCAUCACCAGUGUCUCAUAACUUACUAAAAACAGAGGCUGACACCGUUAGCGUUCACAUCAAAUUGACAGAUAACAGCUAAAGCGAUGAAACCAUUUCUUGUUUCUUUGUGUCUCCUGGGAACUUUUCUCCAUACCUUGGCUCAAUGCGCCUCGGAGUUUCAUCUUGAAGGAGAUUAUUUGUUGGGUGGACUUUUUGAUAUUCAUCAUGACAGCGCCCCUGUUUAUCAUAACAGACCAGAAGCCAUCGACUGCUCCAGUAAACCCUUCAUUCAUUCAAGCUAUCGAAGGUUUCAGGUGAUGAGAUUCUCUGUAGAGGAAAUCAAUAACUCCACCAGCCUCCUGCCAAAUGUGUCUCUCGGCUAUGAGAUAUUUGACCACUGCUCAGAUAUGCACAAUUUCCCAGGUUUUUUCAACCUAAUCUCUGUCAGUGGCUUGAUCCAACCUUGGGGUGAACCACACAAGAAUCUGUCCAAAGUGAUAGCACUGGUCGGCACUUAUACAAGCCCUAAGGCCCUGACUGUGGCCCCUCUCUUCAUGAUGAAUCUCAUUCCUAUGGUCGGUUAUGGAGCUGCUACUUCUGUCCUUUCAAGAAAACAGAAUUUUCCAUCUUUCCUCCGAACAGUGCAUCCCAGUCAAAAUGUCAUGGCAAUGGUUGUUAAGAUUCUGAAGCACUUCGACUGGCGCUGGGUAUCUUUCCUUUACAUUGAUGAUGAUUAUGGCAAAGAUGGCCGGGAAUUGUUCAUAAAGAGGAUAAAGGACACUGAGAUCUGCCUUGCAUUCACCAAAAGCCUCAAUCAAUAUACAGAUUACUCUCAAAUAUUCAAGCAGAUAGAGGCACAGAGGAUAGGUGUCAUUAUUGUUUUUGCUCCUGAAUGGACUGCUGAAGCUCUCAUUGAGUCAGCAAUACAACAAAACAUCACCAACAAAGUGUGGAUAGCAGGGGAUGCGUGGUCCUUAAACAAAGAGCUCCCCAAGAAGAAAGGAAUCAAAAAUAUUGGGACUGUAAUUGGGGUUGCUGAGCCAAGACUGACAAUUCCUGGUUUCAGUGAUUUUAUCCAUUCUUCCAGAAGCCAGGCUCACUGUGAAAACACAGAGCAAAACACGUUUUGUAAUCAGGAUUGCAACUGCAGCAGCCUGAGUGCAGAAGAUGUCAUCGCUGCAGAUCCAUCUUUUAAUUUUCCUGUUUAUACUGCUGUAUACGCCAUCGCUCACGCCUUACACAAUGUCCUGCAAUGUGGAGCUGGCAGAUGUAAUAACAACAUUACAGUGUAUCCACACAUGGUUCUUGCAGAGGUGAAGAAGUCAAACUUCACACUUCUGAACCACAGUGUUCAGUUUGAUGAGAAUGGUGACCCCAACUAUGGAUCCUAUUCUAUAGUUUUCUGGAACCAAAGUGGUGAUGCAGAGGAGAUUGGCUUUUAUGAUUUUUACCCACCGUUCCAUUUCUUCAUUGAUGACAGCAAAAUUCAGUGGCACACGGAAGGAGAGGUGCCUACUUCAGUGUGUUCCCAGGAAUGUCCUAAUGGAUCUGCAAGAGAGUAUAAUGGACUCCACAGAUGCUGCUUCAACUGUAAAAUCUGUUCCAAUGGAACUUAUGUCAACAGCACAGAGGAUCCGUACAAGUGCAUCGCCUGUAAGGAGACAGAAUGGUCUGCAGCAGGAAGUACAUCAUGCAAUCUGCGGGUGGUGGAGUACAUCCCAUUCACAGACAGUGGGGCGAUGCUGAUCAUGAUCGGGGCCUGGGCAUUGGUGGGCCUCACACUAGCCAUGUCUGUUCUCUUUGCCAUCAACUACAACACACCUGUUGUCAGAUCUGCUGGGGGACCAAUGUGCCUUCUGAUUUUAGGCUGCCUCAGUCUGUGUAGUCUCACUGUGUUCUUUCACUUUGGUGAGCCAACAACCUCCUUCUGUAUCUUAAGGUUCUUACCAUUUCUGUUGUUCUAUACUGUUUGUCUAGCAUGUUUUGUUGUGCGCUCAUUUCAGAUUGUUUGCAUCUUCAAAAUAGCUGUCAGGUUCCACAAGAUCAGCAGCUGGUGGAUGAAAUAUCAUGGACAAUGGCUGGUCAUCACUGUGGCAUUUGUUACACAGGCAGUCUUACUUAUUAUUGGCUAUAUUUAUGCUCCCCCCAGACCCUACCAUGAAUUUUCAUCCCCAGACAAAGUCAUACUUGGUUGUGACAUUAAUCUCAAAGCAUCCUCUGGUUCUGUGGCUUUACUUUUAUUUUUGUGCUCCCUUUGCUUUAUUUUCUCCUACAUGGGUAAAGACCUCCCAAAAAACUACAAUGAGGCCAAAGCAAUAACCUUCUGCCUGCUCCUGCUGAUCCUCACCUGGAUCAUCUUUGCCACUGUGUACAUUCUUUAUCGUGGCAAGUACAUCCCAACACUGAAAGCUCUGGCGGUACUCUCCAGUCUCUACUCCUUUCUGUUGUUUUAUUUCCUCCCAAAAUGUUACAUCAUCAUUUUUCAAUCGUACAAAAACACGCAGGAAUACUUCCAAGGUCUCAUUCAGAGUUAUACCAUGACAGUCAGGUCGUAGCAGCUUCAAGUAAAUGUGUGUAUCUGUAUACAGAACUCUUGCUCUUCAAGCCUCCUGAAUACUUAAAAUGAAGUGAUAAUAAUUUGUAGAUGGUCAGAAUAAGUACAUUGUAGUUUAAAUCUUUGUCUCUGUUUUGUCGCAACCUAAUCAUGUCAUGCAUAUUUUUAAUUGGUUAUUUGAUUGUUUUAGUGAGGGGUGUAUUAAUAAGAUUCUUGAGAUUAGCUGUAACAAUAAACAGUGAUUAACAUUUCAACAAGAGGCACUCAUACUGUUGUUUUGGGAAUGGUUGGCAUCUCUUAAUCCUGAUCAGAGCCUCUGACUGUGGAACUUAUCAAGACUAAGAGUCUACAGCCAUGCUAGUAGCUUUAUGAGACUGUAGCCUACUUAUAGGUACAGCAGUAUCUUGAGCUAAAUGCUCACACCAGCAUGCUUACGUGGUCGCAAUGACUGAUGCUGAUGCUCAGUAGGUGUCAUAUUUAUGAUGGUCCCCAUCUUAUUUUAGCCUGUGAGCAUGCUAACAUAUGCUAAGUAGCUCCAAACACAAAGUUCAGCUGAGGCUGACGGGGAUGUCAUCACAGCAAUUUAAUCAUAAACCAAAGUGUUAGAAAACUGAAAUAAUGACUCUAUGAUAACACCAGAUGGAAAGUUGUAAGGGAUCACUAAAGUAAUUACUUUUUUUCUCUUUUGAGGUGGACAUGGAUGUCUGCACCAAACUGCAUAGCAAUCCAUCCAAUGGUUGUUGAGGCACUUUAUUGAAAACUACAAAUGUGAAUGUCAAAGUCUUUAGGAUACAUCCCCUAGGAACCAUGAACAUUCCCAACAUUGUUAAUCCAUCUAGUAGAUGUAGAGAUAUUGUUGGCCCAGAGAUGAUGAAUCCUACUACUUUUCUCCUAGUGCCGCCAGCAGGUCAAAAUUUUCACUUAAUAUGUGUGAAAUAUCUCACUGUCUGCCUGUUGGAUUGGGACAAGCAGCAACCACCUGAGCUGAAAAAUGAAGCCAACACGGAAGUGCCUCAAAAUGCCACUUGAGGCUAGCUUCAAAAGCGAGUCAGUCCCUAUGAACCCCAUAUUAAAAUGCCCAACUGCAAUAGAUAUUUUUAUAGCCUGAUGGAAAAAACAGUUGUGGUCUCUGUAGCUAAAUUUCCCAUUCAUGACCACUGUGCCUGGGGUGAAUCUUUAUCCAAGUCCCCUUUUUAAGUCUUACUUAGAGUUAUGCAUAAUUAAAGAAGUGGCCAUUUUGUGUUACAGGCUGUCUGUAAAGCCUCACCACAGUCUAUGAGUCAGAUACCGCGUUCCUCCACAGUUCCACCCUCUCGUCCAAACAUGGUCAUUUCUGGCUCCAAAAUGCCAAAUUUGAGGCUUCAAAACAGAAGACCACAAACCAAUGGGUGAUGUCACAGUAGCUUUGUCCAUGAUUUUAUACAGUCUAUAGAAUGGGACAAUACUUUGUACAGACAUUCAUGGUUCCCUACAAUGAAUCCUAUUACGUGGUGGUCCCUGGAUUUUAUCCCUAGUGCUACUAAAUGUAUUAAUGUCUCAGCAACUAUUGGAUGGCAGUUAUGCAAGGUCCGUAGAGCAGUGGUUCCCAACUGAUGGGUCACAGUCCAAAAUUGGGAUGCAGUCCAUUCCAAAUGGGCCGCAAACAUGUCAACUUUGUAAAAUACACACUUUAUUUUUAAGUGAAUUUGCGACACAGAGCUUUUAUUUUAAGGCGCUGUUUCCUGUCUGAGUCUGGUUUGAUGACAUUGUCAAUCGUGCAGGUUUCAUUAAGAGGGAGUGAAUAUUAACUGUAAUGGUUACUGUCAAAAUGAUUAAGCCAAUUGUGCUACAGCUAAUUUUAACAUGGUAAUUCAUGAUAAGUUACAGUUUCAUGACGUUCUAUGCACAGCCUUUCUGGCCUCGCUUGACAAUGUUGCUGACAUAUAGAUUCAAUAUAUAAUACUGUUAUUUUCAAUAUACACUGUAUUUAAUCAUAUGCUUUAAAUGUGUUUGGAUUUUAUGUCACUA